CUUCAACUUCAAACUUACGAUAUUAUCCCGAUAACGACAUCCUUAACUUUGGCGGCUGUAAAUUCAACUAUUCGACACUCAUAAUCAACAGAUCGACGACAAACACAUAUUCUGCCCUACGAUUGAUACCUUACCCGACAGUCAAACAAGGUACCCGGAUACCUAAGUCAACGUUGAAAGCAGCUUUGACUAAACUAUUAACGCCACCCUUAAUAUCGAGUAUUCAGACAACAGAUGGCCGUCCUGCAACUGCAGAAGGACUUGGAUAAGCUGAGCAAAUCAGCUAAGCUAGCCGACGCCGUCGAAGAUGUAGACAAGAUUAUAGAUCUUUUAACCGCCGCGAGGGAGAGGGUAGCAGCAGCGAACGAUCCUCAUACAACAUGUCUAACCCUCACGAAGCUGCAGAACCCGAUAAAGGAGGAGUUGGAUGGGUUAAAUCGUGACUUGAAUCAAGUGUACAAGGCAUGGAACGAAUUCAACAAGUCUCUCAAAACGGCGUUUUCUAAGGACACUCUGCCGACCGAGCACGAUCCUAUGGAGCCCCAUUCAGCUCUUAUAAAUCGAGCUAUAGCUAUGCACCUUCUACGCGAGGGGCAGUUUGAUGUGGCUUCGACCUUCAUAAACGAAAUACAACCAUCUUCCGAGACCCCGUCAGAUUUUCAAUCACGAACCCAGACGCCUGCCUCUAUAUCUACAUUACAUCCAGCGUCAUCUCAAUCUCAACAACCCACAGAUAUCGCUAUAACAGACGCCGAUAUCCCCUCUGACCUAACAACUUUCCACUCCCGGGCGUUACAAUUGUCCUUCGCCGACAUGUAUUCGAUCCUUUCCGCCCUCAAAGCCCAUGACCUGAUACCGGCCAUUUGCUGGGCAAGAGAAAACCACGUAGAGCUCGAAAAUCGAGGAUCAAAUCUAGAGUUUGAACUCUGCAAAUUACAAUUUAUAUGGUUAUUUAAGGGUCCCGCCGUCAAUGGAUUGCCCGAUUCCCCGGAGAAUGGUGUGCUAGGCGCAUUGAAAUAUGCUAGGUCAACAUUCAAUCGUUUCCAGCAGCGCCAUUUACAUGAAAUCCAGCAACUCGCUUGCGCAUUAGUCUACUCGCCAAACCUAGCCGAUUCUCCCUACGGGCCUGUGUUCGAUAUCUCAGCGGCCUUCGAGGAUGUCGCAGCAUCGUUCACGCGCGAGUUCUGCUCCCUAUUAGGAUUAUCGGCCGAGUCACCUCUGUACGUAGCCGCCACAGCCGGAGCUCUCGCCCUGCCCGUACUGGCCAAAUACACGUCCCUAGCGAAAGCGAAGGGCACCGAAUGGACGACGACGGACGAGCUCGCCUUCGAGACGCCGCUUCCCAAGAGCAUGAUGUACCACUCCAUCUUCGUCUGCCCGGUCAGCAGGGGCCAGACAACGGAAUCGAACCCGCCGGUGAUCCUGCCGUGCGGCCACGUGCUAGCAAGGGAGAGCUUGCAGAAGCUGGCUAAGGGCAGUCGGUACAAGUGUCCCUACUGUCCCAGCGAGGGCAUCGUCAAGGACGCCAAGGAGAUCAUAUUGUAGGACAGACGGCAGUGUCCGACCCCCGACGUGUAUUUUAAACUGCGGUGCGGGUACCUCAGGCGUAACAUGAGACUCGGGUUGGAUUGCGAUUCCGGCGUAUGGCGACGAGUGGGACGAGUUUGUCAACAGCGGUGGGGCUAUGGAGUUUAGUGACUGGCAGGUUCAAAGGCGUUUUUAUUUUUUAGUGCUGAGACGCUCCUUUUUUGCUGUAGAUAUACAUUAUCGAUGCGUGAGAGGUAAAUACAAUUUUAUGACGCUGUUAUUCAUAUAAUAUGCUCGAAACUCUGCCUCACUUGACCUG